AUGAUCUGCAGCGCUGUAGGUGUCAGUCUUCUUGUGUAUUGGGCGUGUGCGCUGUCGCUGACAGUUGGCAAAAUCUGGAGUACGCGACUUGACGCGUGGACCCGGUAUGGCGGCCUACGGCACAGCGAAGACGAUACCCUGGACCAACGGAAAACGCAAAGGCGUUGGGGCACGCUUUCUCGUGCGCAGACUUUCCGCGCAUUUUACUUGGUAGCCUUCAUCUGGAACGGCGCUUUGCUCUACCACACACGACUUGCGAACCUCUGUCGAUAUAGUGCGCGAAGAGAACAGGUCAGCUGUAGCUGCGCAACUGCGUAUGGUUGGGUAGCGACCCUGUUCCAAGUGCACACCCUGCGACGUCUCGGUGAGAGCUAUUUUAUCCAUAGCUUCACCGAACAAAAACUUCCGCUCGUCCUUACUGCCGCCGGGCUAUCUUUUUACGUAUCUCUGCCGAUACUCUGGGUGUGGGGUCGGAGCUGCUGUCAUCAUCAUGGCCAGUGCCUGAGUGAUCUAGAUCUGCUGCCGGCGCUGCACAUGCGGAAGCAAAGCACAAUACCGCUCACGUUGCUUCUCAUCUGUUUCAGUGCCGCCAACUUUGCGCAAUUCUGGGCACACUACGAGCUUGCUCGAGUUCGCAAGGCGCACAAGCGCCCACGCUCUCACUACGCUGUACACGACGCUGUGUCGUGUUCUCCGAAGUACGCGAUUGUGACGCGGGGGUUAUUUCGCUGGAGUACGUGCCCCCAUUAUCUCGCUGAAAUACUGAUCUAUGGCAUUCUGAUCGGCUAUCUGGUCGUUUCGGGGUGCGUGGGGCUAUGCGCCGCCCUGCCUGGCAUGGUGAUGCUUUUCGUGGCCACCAAUCUGGGCCAUACAGCGGUGCUCAGCAAGGAAUGCCUCAGGCGACGUUAUCCGCUCGUGGAAUUUGUUCAGAAACGUCCAGCGCUGGUCCCGUGUCUCCUCUGA